CGUUCGUUACCAUUGAUUUGUGUUUAGUAAUAAAUAUUUCGUUAAAUGAAAAAGAAUAUAAAUGUUUGUGAAAUUCGUAAAUAAUAAAACCGUAAAUCUAAAGAGUGCCUAUUACUUUAAUGAUUACAUUGCCUUAGAAAGUGUUUUGUUUUUAAAAAGGUCAUAGAUCGCAAGAUAUCAGACGACAUUAAUAAUAUACGUACAAUAAAUAUUUUUGAAAUCCUCUACAAUGGAUUUACUGCUGCGUAAAAGAGCCGAAGAUGAAGCAAGAAAACGUUCUUUAAAAUUAAGAGCUGUAAAAUCGAUGAUUCUUAAAAAAUACUCACCUGAAGUUAGGAAAACAUUAACUAAAAUGAUUGAUGAAAUAGUGUGUGAAAAUAUAUUUCAUAUGCAUAUGGAACUAAAACUGGGUAUGUGUGAUCCCAAACAAUUCUUUCGUCGUCACGUACCUGAAGAACCAUUAAGAACCAUGGCUGAAGAGUUGGAUAUUAUUAAAGCAAAUCAGGAUGUAAACUGUCCUAAGUGUAAUAUUGAUGUUAAAUGUUUGGGUUUAUCUAAACACUUGGCGGUGUGCAUGAAUCCAAAGAAAAAUAAUUAUUCAUAUAGUAGUAGGAACAGUUCACGUAUAGCUCGACAACGCAUACAAGAAGGUUUUAAGACCUCUUAUGAUGAAUCUAAAAAUGACAGUGAUGAUGAAAAAGUUAAACCUAAAAAACGGAAUAACAAAGAAAAGAAGAACAAGAAAAAAGGAGUCAAAUGAAUUGAUUAAAUUUUCAUUUAGUACUUUUGGUAUAAUACUGUGAUUUAUUUAAUUUAUCCAUUUCAUUUUUGAUUC